AUGAAGGUAUUUGAAGCUGCUUCAGAGGCAAGGGCGGGUCCUUUACUCUUCACCUCUCGCCGCCCCAACCCCGCCCGCGCCCCAGCAUCCUUGCAACCAGUUGAAUCAAUUCACAGUUCAGGAGCCUGGGGAACGGAAUUGGUUUCUGUAUGUGAAACAGGUCUGCCCCUCUGGGGAAGCCCAGAGGGGAACGUCCGGAGGGCCUUUUCCAGGGCUGGGCGGGAGGGGAACGAGUCCGGCGCGCGGAUCGGGGGCUCGAGGGAGGUGCAGAGGCCGAGCCCCCGAGCCCCAGACCUUCUCUCCCGGCCCCCAGACCUCCACGGUCGUUGCCCCUCCGGCGCGGGGCGGGUGAUUGGCAGUUGCCGCAGCUCUAGGGGGACCCGGGUAUCCAGGACCUGUGGCCGCCGCCGGUUGCCGUCCGCUCGCUCGGCGGCGAGGUUUCCGCGGCCCCAUGACCUGGCCUGGGCUGGGGCAGCCGCGACGGGCGGCGACCCCCGAGCUGGAGCCCGGGCGGCUCGCGGUGGGUCGGGGGCAGCCAGGGAAGGUCCCGAGGCCUACGGUGGGCAGCGCCGAGCCUGGAGGAGACGGCCGCGGGCGGAGGCGGGGGGUCUGGACUGCCCCCCUCAGGAGCUGCCCCGGGCCGCACCGCCACCGUCACGGCCCGGCCGCCCCUGCCCGCCGUGCGCUUCCUCUUGGAGCCGCAGGCCUCAGCGGGGACUCUGGGGGGCCGCGGCGGGGCCCGGCACGCGACGGCCUCUGGGGAGUUGGGGUCUGGGGAGACCGGGCUUCAUCCCCCGCUCGCCCAGGCCGCGAGACCCUCGGGAGGCGCCUCCGCGAGGCCAGAGAGCAGCGGGCUCCCGCCGCUUCCCCUCUUCCUGAGCCCAAGGAAUCUUCCGAUAAUUCUGCCGCCACGACUUGAACCGUGCGCGAGGCGAGCUCGAAACAAACAUCACAUCUAAAUUAAAAAAAAAAAAAAAAAGAAAAAAAAAA